ACCGCACGCACCCACGCACCCACUAAGCUGCUACAGCCGUCCACUCUCCGUCUCAUAUACCACGUCCCUCUCCUACGCCUUCCGCUGUCGCGUGGCCUUCCUUGCGCUCUCUUUCCCCCGUCGACCACGAGCCGCCGUCAUCCGUCAUCUCCGCAGUCGUCCUUCUUGCCGCCGCCAUUCUUCCCUGCUUCUCCAUGUCGAUCUUAUCUCGCUCGCAUCGCUCGAUGCCUGUCGUCGCCAGACGAUAACCCAGGGCUCUCCACGGCCAGCGACGCUCCCCAUUGCUUAUCGUGUUUCUGUAAGCCGAUCUACUCCCUACUCUUCCUUCUACAACGUUUGCCGUCUCGCUGCAGAGUUCUUCUCCCAUUGCUGUCGCGCAUGCAUCGCUCUGCCUGUCGCACGCUUACCCAAGAGCUGUUGCUGAAUCCUUUUCGCCCAUCGCAAACUCACAUCCGGAGCCAACCUUGGCCGUCCCUACGUGCUGUUAAUAAGGCAUCGCAGGCUCGAUUUGUGCUUUUCUGACUGCUCAUUCUUAUUUAUAUAAUCCUGCUUUCUAUGGUUCUAGACUUGGCGUUGGCAAAAUCAUGUUCGGCAAAUUCACUCUGGAAGUAAUAGGCUGGUGGGAGCGGGUUGGCAAUUUCCUCUUUCCGGAGCAUGGACGACUAAAGCUGCCCGCAUGGCUGCGAUUUCCGAAGCUGAUGCACAGCUUCAAUUUCAUCCUUCUGCAUUAUUUGUACAUGAUUUUCAUGACCUUGAUUGGUUCAAUCUUGUUGUAUCCUCCGGGCGGCUUGAGAUAUAUUGAUGCCCUCUUCUUCGCUGCGGGAGCGGCGACUCAGAGCGGGUUGAACACUGUUGAUGUGAACAAACUCUUCCUCUACCAGCAGAUCGUAUUGAUUUUGAUGGCCUGCUUGUGUAACCCGAUCAUCAUAAAUACCUUUGUCGUCUUUGUGCGUCUCUACUGGUUCGAGAAACGCUUUCAGGGCGUUGUCACUCAGGCAAGAGCUACACGAGGGAGAACUCUUUCACGCAGAAAAAGCGAAGACAAAACGGCAGACCUUGAUCAGGAGGAGAAGGGCGUAGGCGAUCGCCCGAUCGCAAUUCUUCGUGGAUCGAAUCAGCCCAUGGCCAGAAAAGGCGAUAAGGGCUCAGCGGACUUGCAGAGCCAAGAUGGCGUACCCCAAGGCGGAGUGGCCAUGAACAAGACGACUAGCAAUGGGAGCGGCAUAUCACCGGUAGACCGACCCUUUCACCGUGAGAUCACGUUUGCGGACGAAGUCAGCCCUUCCGACUCUGACGCCGACAUUGCGAACGAGGACAGAAUACCCGAGCAGCGAUCCAAGGAGCAGCACAUUGCCUUUGUGGAAAAUCAGCGCAAUCCAAAGGACAAUUCAACCCUGUGGAUUCCGGGCCCGAGAGAUGUCGAGAGAGGAUAUCGGCCGCAGCGCAUAGAAGAGGGUAAAUCAACUAGCGGCGAAGAUGAUCCAUCCCCGUUGACAAGACGGGAUACUGAGCCAGAGCAAACUCUUGAGAGGGAGGCAAGAGGUGUAAGGAGCCGAUUCAAAUCUCCAUUCGCGUGGUGGAGAAAGGCCGACGAUAAUGAUGACUCUCCUGGGGGACUGCGCUCUCGUGUAAUAUCGUCUACCCGGUCAAUCGGCCGCUAUAUAAGCCAAGACAGACACAAUACCGAUCCUCUGCCGUACCUCAGUUACACUGCCACCAUAGGACGGAACUCCACCUUCGUCGAUCUAACGGAAGAGCAGCGAGAGGAGCUCGGUGGCAUCGAAUACCGCGCGUUGAAGACGCUUGCUUGGAUUCUCAUAUGCUAUUAUGUCGGGUUCUUCCUUUUGAGUUUCGUCAUCAUGGUUCCGUGGAUAGUGCGAAGCGCCCGCUACACAAGUGUGGUCCGCGAGGUUGCGCAGUCACCGGUCUGGUGGGGAUUUUUCACGCCCAUGUCUAUGUUCACUGAUCUCGGUUUCACCCUGACGCCGGACAGCAUGAUCUCCUUCCAACGAGCGGUCCUUCCACUCUUGCUUGGUGUGUUCCUCAUAAUUGCUGGAAACACGGGAUUCCCAUGCUUGCUACGUUUCAUCAUCUGGGCGAUGUCAAAGAGUGUGCCCUACGGUAGCGGGAUAUGGGAAGAGCUCAGGUUUCUCCUGGAUCACCCGAGACGAUGCUUCACGCUCCUGUUCCCACAAAAGGCAACUUGGUGGCUGUUCUUUGUGUUGGUAUUGCUCAAUGGCCUCGAUUUGAUCUUCUUCGUACUACUCGACAUCAACGAUCCCACAGUCACGUCUCUGCCUGGCGGCAUACAGUUCCUUGACGGUCUCUUCCAGGCCGCGAGUACGCGCACGGCAGGAUUUGCUUGUGUGAAUUUGGCAGAUCUCCACCCAGCGAUUCAAGUUUCUUAUCUGAUCAUGAUGUACAUCUCUGUCUUCCCCAUCGCUAUUUCCGUCCGUCAGACAAACGUCUACGAAGAGAAGAGUCUUGGCGUCUACGCCGGCCACCAUGAGGACGACGAGAACUCCGAUUCCAAUAGCACGUCCUACCUCGGCUCCCACUUACGUCGUCAGCUCUCUUUUGAUUUGUGGUAUGUCUUCCUCGGUCUUUUUCUCAUCACCAUCAUUGAAGGCCGUCGAAUUGAGAACGUCAACGAGCCGGCUUUCACGAUCUUUUCCUGCCUGUUCGAGAUCGUGUCGGCGUAUGGUACUGUCGGCCUCAGCCUGGGAUACCCGACCAUCAAUGCCUCCUUCUCUGCCGAGUUCAGAACUCUCAGCAAACUCAUCAUCAUAGCUAUGAUGCUGCGUGGCCGCCACCGUGGGCUUCCCUAUGCGCUUGAUCGCGCCAUCUUGCUCCCGUCGGAAUCCCUCCAGCGGAAGGAGCAGGCUAUGGACGAUCAACGGCGAGAGCGGAGGGCUAGCGUGGCGAGUUUGGCAGCCUCGCAUGCGGAUGGCACGGGGGUUGAGACGAUUCAACAGGUCGGCGAGUUGACGGCUAGGACAAAUGCAAGUAGAGUAUCUACACGUAGUCGUAGUCGGCGUCGCCUUUCGAGAGUGCUCACUGGGGCUCUCAAUCCAGGCUCGGCGGUCAUGCGGGCGCCCUAAUUGGUCGGCUUUCAUAGCGUAUGCACAUGCGGGUCUUGCCCCUUUUUCUCUGACUAUUGUUAUUUGCUUACUUGUUGGCUUCGGCGGAUUUCACGAAUCCUGCUAAAUUUUGAGCGUCCUGUCUUUGAUUUUAAAUUUUUGUUCACAUUUCUUCGUACAACAGAAUUGGGCGGUCCAUCUCGGUGUACUGCACAACGUCUGGCCUGGAACUGUUUGCCCCAUAACCAUCAUGAACGCUGUUCACUCCAGGCAACAGAAUUUGAAAUGUGGAUUCGCAGUGUAUCAGCUGGACCCGGAGUGGCAAUGCAUUGUGGGGAUGAAAGCAUGCCUGCUUAGCCUCACGGACGGUCUUUUGGGCUUGCAGAGGACAUCAGAAUGGUGUCUUUUUCCACAGCAGUUACGCCACAGCUGCACGCAGCGUUGCAAAAAAGUUGGCACAGUCCACGACGGUGUCUUUUUGGGAUGGUAUAGUGUAGGCAGCCAAUGUAUUUCUCCACGGACGCAUAACCGCACGUACUGUGCCUUGAGUGGAUCUAAAACCAUGAUUUGUG